ACAUUUUCCUCAAACAGAUAUAGGUCUUAUUACUCGUAAAGGUGUUUACCCCUACGAGUAUACAGACUCCUUUGAAAAAUUAAAUGAAACAUCGCUGCCAUCCAUUAACGAGUUUUAUAGUUCUCUGAAUGAGAGCCAUAUAACAGAAGAGGAUUAUAAACACGCGCAAAAAGUUUGGGAUCAUUUUGAAUGUACAACGUUGGGGCAAUAUAGUGACUGGUAUUUGAAAUUGGAUGUGUUGUUGUUAUGUGAUGUAUUUGAAUCUUUUAGAGACAUCUGUUUAAAAACGUAUGGAUUAGAUCCUAAUUAUUAUUACACCACACCGAGCAUGUCUUUUGACUGUAUGUUAAAGCAUACAAAGAUCGAGUUGGAACUUUUAAAUGACUACGACAUGCUUAUGAUGUUAGAGCAGGGUAUUAGAGGGGGUUUAACAACUGCAGUUCGCAGAUACUCUGAAGCUAAUCACAUAGGACUUCCUGGUUAUGAUGAUACUUAGCCGGAUAACUGGAUUGUUUAUCUCGAUGCUACAAAUUUGUGAGUAAAAUUGAUUUUUUUUUUUUAAAUUUUAUAUAAUAGUUUUACUAUAAUAUAUAAUUAUUAUUAUUUUUUUUUUAUAAUACUUUCAGAUAUGGAUGGUCAAUGUCGCAAUACUUGCCUAAAGAUGGGUUUAAAUGGAGCGAAAAAAAUUUAAGUGUUCCGGCAGUUUUAAAGAGAUUGGAAGAAACACCAGCUGAUUCGUGUAAAGGGAUGAUAUUAGAAGUUGAUGUUUCUUAUCCGACGCAAUUGCAUGAUAAUCAUAAUGAUUUACCAUAUUUACCUGAUAAAAAAAUACCAACUGGAUCUAAAUUUCCCAAACUUUUAGCCACAUUGGAAAAUAAAAAAAAAUAUAUUGUACACUAUAAAUCUUUAAAGCAAGCGUUACAGGCAGGAUUAGUUUUAGAAAAAGUACACCGUAAUAUUGAAUUUAAUCAAUCACCUUGGCUCGCAAGUUACAUUUCUCUGAAUACAAGGAUGAGGGCGAUGGCGAAAAAUACUUUUGAAAAAGAUUUUUACAAACUUAUGAACAAUUCCGUGUUUGGUAAAACGAUGGAGAACGUUCGCCUAAGAUUGAAAAUGGAACUUACGAGCAGCGAGGCAAGAUACAGAAAACUUGUCAAUUUACCAAACCAUAAAGGCACAACAAUAUAUGGUGACAACUUGUGUGCUGUACAUUUACAUAAAGACGAUUUAGUUUUUGAUAAGCCCAUGUACAUAGGAUUUGCCGUUUUAGACAUAUCUAAAACUCUAAUGUAUGAUUUUCACUACGGUACCAUGAAAGCGUUAUAUGGAGAAAACAUUGAACUCCUAUACAUGGACACUGGUAAAUUCACAUUUUUAUUUGUUUAUUUUUAUUUUUGUGUAAUUAAAUCUUAUGUUUUAGAUUCAUUGAUAUACCUGGUGAAAACAAAAAAUUUUUAUGAGAAUAUGGAACAUAAUCGAGGGUUUUUGGAAAAACUGGAUACUUCAAACUAUCUAGUUAACCAUCCAUGUUACCGUAUAGAGCGUUGCAAGAUUCCCGGCACUUUCACAGACGAGACUGGUGGAGAGUUUAUUUCAGCACAUGUUGCUCUAAGAUCUAAAGCAUACGGUUUUAUUCAAAAUAAAACGUGGUAAAAAACCAUAUAAAAUUUGAAAAUUAUAAACAGUGUCUUUUUCAGGGAAUAAUCGAUUUACCCGAAGAUUAUACUCCUUAUAGAGAAAUGCAAUCCUUUAGAUCGUACAAACACCAAAUUAAGUCGAUUGAUAGCACAAAACUAGUGUUAAAUAGAUACGACGAUAAGAGGGUUGUGUUAAAGGAUCAAAUUCAUACAUUAGCACAUGGACACUACAACAUUGAGUGAGUUUGACAAUCUUUAUUAGCACUGUAAUAUACAUACAUAUUAAUUUACAAAUUUAAUUUUAGGAGUUUGAAAAAUCAAGGCGGAUUGGCAAAUUUCUGUAUUUAAUCAUACUUUGUAUUUAUGUAAAUAAUUGUAAUUCUGUUUUUAAAAUUGAAUGUUAAAAAUAGCUCAUUUAUUUAGAGCUUUUUCUAAAAUAUGUUAAUUAAACUUAAUUUACUUCUGUUUAUGUAAAUAAAAAACUGCCAUGUUAUGUAAUUAUAUUUUAUUUUUUUUUUUUCAAUUUACAUGUUUAAUAAUAAUUUUUACAGUUUAUUACAUAACAUUCACUCUCGUAUACUACAAUGCUUUCUUUUUUUCAGUGCUAAAAUAUUUUUACUUUCUAAUAAUUUGCCAUCCUACCCUAAACAGUUAGACUAACCUUUAACUGACUUAAACAUGUAGUUAAAUAACAUAUGUUAAAUACCAUAUACAACAUUCAGUGAAUGUAUGAUUUAAUUAGAAAAAAUCAUUAACGAUUACUCAUUAACUCAAAUAAUAGUGCACGCAGUGCUCGAAUUGGGGGGGGGGUGCAC